AUGGAUGAUGAUAUCGAUGCUCUGGUUGUUGACAAUAGCUCAGGAAUGUGUGAAGCUGGCUUUUCAGGAGACAGUGCCCCUCGGGCUGUGUUCCCUUCCAUUGUUGGGUGCCCCAGACAUCAAGGUGUGAUGGUGGUCAUGGGCCAAAAAGACAGCUAUGUGGGGGAUGAGGCCCAGAGCAAGAGAGGUAUUUUGACGCUGAAGUAUCCCAUUGAAUAUGGUAUUGUCACCAACUGGGAUGACAUGGAGAAGAUCUGACAUCACACUUUCUAUAAUGAGCUCCCUGUGGCCCCUGAGUAGUACACUCUGCUGCUCCUGGAAGCUCCCCUAAACCCCAAAGCUAACAGAGAAAAGAUGACUCAGAUUAUGUUUGAGACCUUCAACAUCCCAACCAUAUAUGUUGCCAUCCAGGCUGUGCUGUCCCUGUAUGCCUCUGGUUGUACCACUGGUAUUGUGAUGGACUCCAGGGAUGAUGUGAUCCAUACUGUGCCCAUCUAUGAAGGUUAUGGCCUUCCCCAUGUCAUCCUCUGUCUAAAUCUGGCUGGCUGUGAUCUGACGGAGUACUUCAUGAAGAUCCUGACUAAGAGAGGGUACAACUUCACUAUCACAGCUGAGAGGGAAAUUGUAUGUGACAUCAAGGAGAAGCUGUGUUAUAUCGUCCUAGAGUUUGAACAGGAAAUAGCCACUGCUGCAUCUCUGGAAAAGAGCUGCGAGCUUCCUGAUGGUCAGGUUAUCACCAUUGGCACCGGUGGUCUGCUUUGUUCACAGAAAACCACAUCUGGGGAUCUCAAGCUUCAAGGCCUUCAUACUUCUUGA